AUGAGCAGCACCUGGCGUGUCAUCAUUCGAGAAGACCCCGGCCAGGCGUCCGUGUACAUCGCGGACUACAUUGUCAGUCGCAUCAAGGCUUUCAACCCUACCGAAACUCAUCCUUUUGUUCUUGGUCUCCCCACUGGCAGCAGUCCCGAGAUCAUCUACAAGAUUCUGGUUCAGCGCCACCGCGCCGGCGAGAUCUCUUUUAAAAAUGUCGUGACCUUCAAUAUGGUAAGUGCUUCGAACUCCGCCCACAGCCCGCUGCUAGCAAAGGUGCAUUUACUCACCAAAGUUGUACAGGAUGAAUACGUGGGUCUGCCUCGCGAUCACCCAGAAUCCUACCACAGUUUCAUGUACAAGCACUUUUUCUCGCACGUCGACAUCCCUCCCCAGAACAUCCACAUUCUAGACGGGAAUGCCGAGGACCUGACUGCCGAGUGUGCCGCAUUCGACGCAAGCAUCGCCCGCUACGGUGGCAUUGAACUCUUCCUGGGCGGUGUUGGACCGGACGGGCACAUCGCCUUCAACGAGCCGGGAUCCUCUCUCGCCAGCCGCACUCGUGUCAAGACCCUUGCCUACGAUACCAUUCUUGCCAACUCGCGUUUCUUCGACAACGAUGUGAACAAGGUGCCGCGCAUGGCCAUGACUGUUGGUAUCCAGACCAUCAUGGACGCCCCUGCACCUCACCCUCUGAUCGUGUGUGAUCGCGACGCCACCCUCGAUCUGAAGGUCAAGACGGUCCGAUAUUUCGAAUCGAUUGAGCAAGCCGGUACCGAUGCCCGUACUCAGGGUCCCGCGCUGGUCUACCGUCCUCGCACCUAUGCUCCUGCCCCGAUUUCCAUCAAGAAGGCCUCGCCUCGUCAGCAGGUUACUCCUGAUCGAACCCCGACAAAGGUUCCCAAGGACCUGCGCAUCAAUACUGAGCUGUACCGCACCAUGGAGGAUGACGAACUUACUCCGGACAGCAUGUCCUCGCGCAUGGUCGAUUCUGCCAUCGGUGGCCUGGACGGAACCUUGAAGAACGAUCUCAUCUUCGAUCGCAUGGGCGCCCGCAUGACCGCGCUGUAA